GAAAUGCGGAAUAUCCAGCUCAUACGCACUAGAUAUCCACAACAGAACUGUACAAUAUAGAACGGUGCAAGGUUUCUGUUUACUUUUUGCGGCCCGAUAGUGUUACAUAUGUACUGUAUGUAUACCUAUGACAAGUGCAGUGCGAUUAGUAAUGGAUCAUUGCCAAUGCUGAAAAAAUCAUUCCGUAAACGAUUUUAGGUUAUUUAGCUUGCCGGCGGGACGAACUUGGUCAGUUCAUUUGUUGCAGACUGGACGUCAUAUGUACUGCGCAUACUGCAAUAUACGGUGAUUACUUACGCAGCUACUCGCAGUGAUUAUACCGCGCGUUGGAAUUGUUACCCGUGUGCGUUUACUAUGAGUCGUUCAGCUUGAUUGUCGGACAGUUUUUCUACCUCCUAUCAUAACAAAGUCCGGCUAGUUUUUGAAUCUGUAUCAUCUGACUUGAUUUCUGGAGAGAUUAUUAUGUAAACGUGUGGAUAUAUACCAGCCUGGAUUCUACGCAUCAUUAAGUGCAUCUGCAUCUAUCAGCUGUAAAAUCAGCUUGAUAAGAAAACGAUUGCAGCAUGAUUUCCGCCGGCGAAAAAAUAAAAGCUUUGCAGGUUUGGUGUCAGAAAGUGACGGAUGGCUACAAAGGAGUCGGUGUCACUAAUUUUACAACAUCAUUCCGGGAUGGUUUAGCAUUUUGUGCCAUUAUUCAUCGAUUCCGGCCGGAAUUAAUAGAUUUUGACUCAUUGGUCAAAGCCAACAUUCUGGAAAACAAUCAACUGGCGUUUGAUGUUGCUGAAAAGAAACUCGGAAUCCCGGCUUUAUUGGAUGCUGUCGAUAUGGUUAAAUACUCAGUCCCUGACCGGAAGUGCAUCAUUCUCUAUGUCAGCCAAUUUCAGAGGCACUUCCAGGGGAAACCAAUUCCAGGCAAAAAAAAUGGCCAGGAAGCUGAGUUCAUGGAUAGAAAGGGAUCUCUUGCGACGCAGAUGUCCGUAAUCGAGUCCACUUCGAGUAUAACCAGCCGUUAUACUCUCCAGUUUCGUCGGUCUGCGUCGGAAGAUUUUGGAACAACGUUCCCUGUGACCCUCCGCAGUUCGGCUACUUUCAGCACCAAACCUGAGCUAACGAACGCGCUUUCAGAAAACGCAGAGGACCUGGACACCGGUGUCCACUCCGCGGCCAGCAGCAGUAGCAGUAGCACUUGCUCAAGCAGUUCCACGUCUCCUCCGUCGCCAUCAGAAAAUAAACCACCGGAAGGCGACGACGACGCAUGCGUGCCGAUGGCGUCAGCGCUCCGCAUACGCUUAUCCAAUCCAGCUGUCGUUGCUGUUAGCAACACCGAUCCACCACCACAGCCGCCAGUCGUGGCACGCCGUACCAUGGUCGACGUCUUAACGUAUCCGCGUACCACACGCGAUAGACUGACCAGAAGCUGUUACAACAUCGUCAAUACGAACUAUCUCACCGCGAAUUCCACCCCGCCUCAUUCUAUUCAGCCGUCGCAAUCAGUCAGCAAGUUCACCGAUACGAUAAACGAUUCCUCCAUUCGUAGACAUUCCGCUCCAAAGUUCACACCAGUUCCCUCAAAUGCCACGGCAGCCGACAGCAUUCCAAUCGGAACUUCCAAGCAAACACUGCAGUUGACACGAGCCAGUCUCAUUGCUGUAACACAUCUGAAUAUGGGUUCCCGCGGAUAUCCAUCAUUCCCCGCUGUCCAGUAUCCUGAUAAUCUUAAUCCUUUUGAUUCUUCCUCGGAUGAUGAUAACAAUGCAUACGACGAAAGUAAAAAUCCCUUUCAUGACGACGACGAAGAGGAGUCCGAGAAGCGUGACGUAUUUCCCUUGUAUAAAGUGACCCCCGUUCCGGCACCGCGGAAAAAGCUCUUAGAAUCAUUGCGGCGUGCGGAGACUGUGCGGUAUCCCGCCAACUCAGGUAUUGUGGUGCGAAACGGUACCAACCGAUCUCUUCGGGAGCGCAUCGCAGCGCGACCACAUAGUCACAACGAAGCGGAAUUAACUGACAGAUCCAAUACGGACAGCGACAGUGUGUCCUCCGUCAAGAGCACCGGCAGCGUAAAACGCCGCGCGCCUGCACCACCGGCGCUGAAAUCUCAUGUUGACCCUGUAGCCGCCCCUUCCGUGAACCCUAUUGCGGAGAAUAAAAGCCCCAUGUCCAGGAGACCAGCGCCCGCUGUGCCAAAUGCCAGACUACCAAGUGAACAGACGACAGCACGCAAUGGCGCGCCACACAGCAAUGGAACGGUCAGUCCGCAACCGAUUGCACGGAAUCUAGAAAAUGGUAGGCAGCCGGUUUCCGCCCUGAAAACGGCACUGCGAGCGGAUGCGCCGACCACUAAGUCGCGUAAAUCCCUGACAUUUGAGGAUGAGCAUAAACUGAGCUUGGAGGAUAUUGCCAACCGAAUGCGCACACUAUCGGCUUACUCUAAAAGAAUCGAAGAAGAGAACGUCUACCUGCAGUAUCGCGCUCGCCAGACGUUCGCUGAUCCCCAUAUGCCCGUGAAAGACGCCGAUCCAGAUGGAAAGGUCAUUGUGUUACUGAAACAAUUGCUGGCAGCAAAAGAGAAUAUCGAGGAACAGAAACGGCGAAUGUGUUAUUUGAAAAAUCUUCGCCUGCUGGAAAUGGAACAUCAAACACUCCAGCGAAAAUUAUCGGCGUCCACGGCUUUUCCUCUGCACAAGAAUCUGGUUGAUCAUGAGGAUUUUGAGAGCAAAUUAAUGCAAAAGUUAUAUUGUAAUGUCAGAAAGAGAGAAGCCUUACUCUAUGACGAAGCUGAUUGUCAGCAAAAGCUAACCAGGACGGUACUGAUCGGGGGAAUAUUGUCGCGUUGAAUUGUGUGCAUUCAUAAUUGCAUAUCGACAGUGUUUGUUUAAUCUAAGUCGAUGGUUGCAUUUUUUGAUUUGUUUUUCUAUAAAUUUUAUUCAGAGUUACGAUUUACAUGGACUAAUUAAUCAUAUUAUAUUUUAUUGUCUCUGGUACGGAAGCUAAUUAAAAGUACGGAAGUA